CUGUUUCCAGGCUCAUCAGUGUCCACGUCAUCCGGAGGCGCAACAUCCAUAGGCGCCAAGCAUCUCUCAGCCAGCGUCUCGGCGCUGAGCACCCUGCCCGAUCAACGGCAUAAAAUGACCAAAAGCCCCAGUGAUGAAUCCUUAAGAUCACAUACUUCCUCAUCAGGUGGCAGUAAUGGUGGUCAUAAUUCAAACAGUACCGGGAACAAUUCGUCCGGUGGUGGAAAUAAGGGUUUUCGACCGGAAGAUGCAAUCCAGACGUUCGGCACAAAAUUGUUACCGUAUGAACAGAGUGAAAUAUUCAAUUAUGUCCGCGUAUUUUUCGUUGGUUCACAAGCGAAGAAACGAGGAGGCGUUAUCGGCGGUCCAAAUAAUUGCGGGUAUGAUGACGAGAAUGGUAGCUAUCAACUGGUCGCCCAUGAUCAUAUCGCCUAUCGAUACGAGAUCCUGAAAGUCAUCGGCAAAGGUUCCUUUGGCCAGGUUCGUCCCGCUCUCCACUAG